CGUCCCAAGUUUUUAUUGCAAAUGUUUACAAAUAAAAGUCCAUUUGUGCUAAAAUCUAUUUAUUAUUAAACAUAGUGAUCAUUUCCGCCACAGGCAGUGUAGUGUACGCUAAAUUGUGCUAUAUAAGGGCUGCGUCUAUAGGACGGCAUUCCGGUGAUUGGUGAGCAACAAUUUCAGAACUACCCGCCACAGUAAUUAUACUUGAGGGAACGACCCCACAUAACAUCUACUCGCUAAGUUGCUACCAACGCCAUCUGUUAGUCGUCUCCGGCAACACCCGAAAUUCAUCGAAGAUGCCGGGCGUUAAAUGCGGAGGUUGUGGGCGUUUCAUAGCAACGCAGGAUGGUGCCAAAUGCAGCAAAUGCCACGAUUUAUACCAUCGGGCAUGUGUGGGCAUCGCCACAAAAGCUGGGAUUGCACCGAAUUGGCGCUGUCCCGAGUGCAAAAAACAUAUUGCCCGGGACAACCGGACGGAAACCCCCGUCAGAGGUUCUGCGCAGAGCCCCCCUACUGAUGGCGCGGGGAUGUCUACUGAGGCAGAGCCCGAUAUGUCGAGAAGCCCUAGUGAUACUGCCUCUGCACCCCUCUCUGGGUUGUCUGUUGCGGCGGACACCAAUUUGCAUGCGAUUGUUGUGGAGCUUCGGGCGGUGCGAGACGAGAUUAGGGGGUUUCGGAGGGAGAUGGAGGUGGAGAUGGCGCAGCUGAAGGCCGCCCUGGGUUUUUGCAGCACGCGUAUGGACGGUUUGGAGGCCAGAGUUGACAAACUGGAGCAGCAGGCCACCGCCGCUACAGGUUCCACGAGCUCUGCCUGCCUGGAAAAGGUUGUGGAGGACUUGAAGAGGGAGCUCAACAGCAGGGACCAGGACGUCCUUGCCAACGACAUAGAGGUGUCAAACAUGCCGGAGACAGGGGCGGAGAAUCCUGCUCAUGUUAUCAAGGCAAUUAGUCACAAGCUCGGGGUCAGUAUCAACGACUGCGACAUUGUUAGCGCGGAGCGGGUCGGUGGGAGGCAGCUCAACGUGACGAGCUCGACGGGACCGACUGAGUCUCGCCCGCGGCCACUAGUUGUGCGCCUCGCUCGCCGGGACUUGCGAGAUCGACUUCUGGCGGCGGCGCGAGUCCGGCGGGGUGCGACCACUGCCGACCUCGGCAUGCCCGGCCCGGCGCAGCGCUUCUUCAUCAACGAGCGGUUGACGAAGGUUAACCGUCAGUUGUUUCGGAGGACGCGAGACGCUGCCCUCGUCCAGAAAUGGAGGUUUGUGUGGACAAAGCAGGGCCGCAUUUUCACCAGGAAGGAGCCGGGAGACAGAGCGCAGAGGAUCCGCACCGAUGAGGACUUAUCCCGUAUUUUUGGCACUGCAAAUGAAACGGCUUGUUUGUAAUUGUAUUUAUGUACACAUUUA